AUGGCGGAGUUGCAGGGCAUCCACCUGCAGCACGGGGCGGCGCCGCGGCCGCCGGGAUUCUGGGGCCAGGUGCAUCCCCCACAGGUCUUCGCCCAGAAGCUGAAGCCAGCCAAGGAGGAGGACUGCGGUGCGCCGCCCAGCAACUGGAUCGCGGCGCCAUGGAGGCAGGCGAGCGAGACGGAGAGCGGGGAAAACAUCAACGAGGGCGCACGCGGCGUCGCGAAGGAGGACGACGCGUGGCAGUCGGUCGUGGAGCGCCAGGCCACGAGGCACGAGGCGGAGGAGCUAGCUGCUGCCAUCCAGGUCAGGGUGGCCGUGCGCGGCGGUGCGGCUCAGCCCCAGCGCGGCUGCGGGAGCGGGACGCGCGUGGAGGAAGCGGUGCUGCAGGACGCGGAGAAGGACUGCAAGGUCUGGGGCCGGCUGGCAUCGAGGGUCUCGGUGGGGCAGAGGCCGACCAGGGACGAGCCGCCGAAGGAGCGCAGUGGCAAGCAGGAGAGGCUGGCGCGGAAGCACGAGGACUUGCAGAGGGCGGGCCAGCGCUCGAGCUCGGUCUCGAUCGGGAGGGACCUGCAUCGCAUCGAGCUUGGCCAGGCGGUCGCAGCAGUGGCGGGGCCGAAGGCCCAGCCCGAGCCGAGGUUCCCGAGUGCACCAUGGGCCUGCAAGGAAAGCCAGGAGGCCGUGAAGGAGGACUUCCUGGCGAAUUGGCUAGUCUGCCCACCCCGCAGCGCCGUGCCUGGGGGAGGUGCCACCGCCAGCGCUGGUUGCGCAGUGUCAGGUGGCUACGAGGUGGAGUACACGGGCAAGUGCACGCUGCGCGCUGGUAGCGCAUGGGACCUAUCCGCAGGGUCCGAGGGGGCGGCUGGCGUCGGGCCGUCGCUUCACAGUUUUGGAAAGGAGGCCGAGGAGCCUAGCCUGUACCUGGGUGAAGGCCAGGAGUCCGUCGGCCAGUACGCGCCUAUCGCUGCUGGUGCAGACAGGGGAUACUGCUUGGCGAAGUCCAAGAAAUACAAGAAGAGGGAGAAGAAGGAGAAGAUCCAGGAGAGCGGGAUUGCACAGCGGCUGGUGGCCGAUGACGGGCUCGCCGACUCGGAGGAGAUGGUCCACGUCGCCAGCGGGGCCGAGCGCAAGGCGCUCGUCGGCGUCCCGCAGUCCCUGCGGCCGGAGGAGCUGGAGGCGCUCCAAAACGAGUCGUUCGACCUCUUCGAGGGGUAG